CCCAUUGAGAAAGAUACCCAAUCCUCGAAAUGUUUGGACAAUAUCAGUUCCCUCUCCCAUUCCUUAGCUUCACUAUCUGAUCUCCACAUUGCUUCUAAAAUUAAUAAAUUUGUUUCUAAAGUUUCAGUUUUCCAGAAAUGAUCUCUUAACUGGAACACUAAGUCACUCUCUCACUAGGUUUCUGGAGCAGAGACAAUGCAUUGAGAAUGUCAUUCUUUCAUUUGAUUCAAUUGAAUGAUUUAUCUAGCUUGCUGUUUUCUCUUGCAAAAUUCUUUGAAGGGCUUCAUCAGAUUGACGUUAUGGAGCUUGUCUGUUCCACAUCUACCAUGCAACCAUGUCUCAAACAAUCUUUUGUGGCCAACUCUGGGUUAUGUGUUGGAACACACACAUUUUCAACCAAAUGUACAGCAGUCAAACCAUCGUAAUUCUAUCGUGAUGAACACAUGUCCCACAUGUGCAUCUAUGAGUACCUUCCCAAGAGUUUAUGGUUCUGCAGCCUUGCAAAUCAGUGUUAGUGUCAGGGAGACAACAGGUUCUAGCAAGCAUUUCCAUUCAAAAAUUAGCCUAGAUUCAGCUGGGAAGCAGACUCUCAUCAAGGAGCUUCAACUGGUUGGGUAUCGUGACACUGCAGAAAGUAUCAAUGACCUUCCCAAAAAGGGAAAAGGAAAGAAAAAGCAUGGGAACAAAGGGAGAAUUCCCUGGAACAAAGGCAGAAAACAUACUGCAGAGACCCGUGCACUCAUCAAGCAAAGAACAAUUGAAGCCUUGACAAACCCCCAGGUUAGGAAGAAGAUGUCAGGACAUCCCUGUGCUCAUAGCGAAGCGAUCCGGGCAAAGAUAAGCUCUUCACUCAGACAAAUUUGGGGUAAACGUUUGAAAUGGAAAAGGCUGAGAGAGAAAUUCUUUCUUUCAUGGUCUAAAAGCAUAGCAAGAGCAGCUAAGGAAGGAGGCAUUGACCAACAAGAGCUAGACUGGGAUGGCUAUGAUAAAAUAGAAGAAGAAAUAACUCUCAAGCAGCUUCAAGGUGCCACUGAAAAGGCAAAGGCAGAGGAGAGAGCAAAGAGAACAGUUGAGAGAGAAGCAAAGGAAAGGGAAGAAAAGAUGGCGAGGGUUGCUCAAAAAAGAGAGAAGCGGGAAGAGAAAGUGAAGGCAAGAGAAGAAGCAAAGAGAAAGGCACACAGAGAAUCAAAGAGAAAAACAGAAGAGUCAUCAUCUGUUGCCCGAAAGCUGACACUUAAGCGGAGAUUAACAAAGGCUAUAUGUUCUCUCUCUAGAUUCGAAAAAGAAAAUCCAUUAAUGAUCAGAUGAUUCGCCAAGGGGCAUCAUUGACUUCCCAUAGCCGAGCUUGGGAGAAAAUCGAUGUAGAGAUUAAAAGGAGCGAAAAAAUUCAAAGAGAAGGUUCACUUGCUGAACAGAUCCGAGAUGCCAAGAACAAAAGAGCUGAAUCCAUUACUAGGGAAGCUUUGGCAGAACCAUCUACGCAGCAUUUAUUUGCUGGGUGAUGAUUGCAGUAAGAGUUGCAUUAUGUGCAGUAACAGAGAAACUCAAGUUGCACUUUUCUAAUUAUGACUUCCAUCUACUUGCUGUUUUUGCUUAUGCUUGAGCAAUUGUCAGCUGCGCAGAAGCUCUCUGUGAAGGGAUGAAAUCUGGGCCUUUACUAUAAAGGAUAUGUACUAGAGUUGACUCUAGAUCUCAGAUUUCCAGCACUAACGGUUGUUUCUCUUCCAUAUCCCAUGGCAAAAAUUUGAGCUAUAUUUAUCGUUUUUUUUUCC